CACAUAUGACACAAAAAAUCGUGAGUGGACAUCCGGUUACGUAAUCGAUUUUUGUUUUUCAGUUUACUGUUAACAUUUUAGAGUUAAAUUAAAUAAUAAUAUGGAUAUCAAAUAGCGUAAGUGACAUUGAACAGUUGUUUUGUAAAAGUUUUGCAAACAGUGUUUCGACAAUAGUUGCGAUUACAAAGAGAAGAGAAGAGAGUGAGAAGGUGGUGCUUGUUGUAAGAUGGAAGAUAAUGUUGACGGGGUAUACAAAUACAGAACUUCGCUACCAGUGGCACAGUUCAGCCGCGGCGAUUUCUCGCUGUGGUCGGUGUUGAAGAACUGCGUGGGCAAGGAGCUGUCCAAGAUAACAAUGCCGGUGGUCUUCAACGAGCCGCUGUCCUUCCUGCAGCGCAUGCUGGAGUAUCUGGAGUACGCGCACCUGUUGCGCCUCGCCUCCGAGCAGACCGAUCCUGUCGCUAGGAUGGAAUACAUCGCAGCGUUUGCGGUGAGCGCAUUGGCAUCAAACUGGGAGCGUCUGGGCAAGCCCUUCAACCCCCUACUGGGUGAGACAUAUGAGCUAGAGCGGCCAGAGUUUAGAGCUGUUUGUGAACAGGUUUCGCAUCAUCCACCAGUAUCGGCAUUCCACGCGGACAGUCCGCACUUCGUCUUCCAUGGUUCUGUCCACCCAAAACUCAAGUUCUGCGGCAAGAGCGUCGAGAUUCAACCCAAAGGACAUGUUACGGUUGAAUUACCAAGAUGGGGCGAGGCUUACACGUGGAGUAACGUGAACUGUUGCGUACACAACGUGAUCGUGGGCAAGCUGUGGAUCGAGCAAUAUGGCGCUAUGGAGGUGACGUGCCACGGCGGCGCCGGCCUCGCCGCUAGCCUCGUCUUCAAGCCCGCCGGCUUCAACAACCGUGAUCUGCACAGAGUUGACGGAUUUAUUACUGAUGCCAAUAAGAAAAAGCUGCGUUUUGUGUACGGCAAAUGGACGGAGUACAUCCGUAGCUGCAGCGCCGCGUCUCAUGAGCGCUGGGCGCGCGACCAGGCAGCCGCAGAGUCUGCGCACACGCCCAAGAAGGUGUUGGCUAAACUCAACAGCUUCAAAGUCGGUGCCCUCCGCUCCAUGUCUAUACAAGAUACAGAGGAGGCGGAGAACUCAGAGGACGUGCCGAAGCCGGACGAGUCGUACAACAUCGACAUCCCGGACUCCACUACGCUGUGGGAGGCGACACCGCGCCCCAGCAAUAGCGCACAGUACUACCAAUUCACGGAGUUCGCGAUGUCUCUGAACGAGUUGGACCGCGAGCUGAAGGGUCAAAUAUGCCCUACGGACAGUCGCCUGAGGCCCGACGUGCGCCUGUUGGAGCAGGGCGACAUUGACGGCGCCGCCGCGGAGAAGACCCGCCUCGAGGAUAAGCAGCGCACCGCCAGGAAGACGCUCAAGAAAUCCGCUGACGGCUGGCAACCGAGAUGGUUCAGCCAAGGCACGAAUCCGUACACGAAGCAGGAGGACUGGCUGUACAACGGCGGCUACUGGGACCGCAAUUACCAACAUUUGAAAGACGUCGAUAUAUUCUAAUUAUAUAGCAAAUAAUAUAGUAUGAAUAUAUAAUAUUUUUGUGUCGCUAAGCAAUGUGUAGAGAAUAUACUUAUAAUUGUUAUGUAUAAUACAAAUAAAAAUAAACGCUAUGAAGCAAAUAUUAAUAAUUUUGAGUUAAAAUGCAUGUACAAGUUACUCAAAGAUGUGGAUAUAUAAAAAGUAAAUAAGGCAACAGGUCAUAAUGCUACAGAAAUAACUAAAGUAUAUACUUUACGACAUACAUACUGUGAGAUUAAUCAAAGUAAAAAUACAGGAAGCGUACGUUAAUACGUACUAAUAACACAAAGAAUAGAUUGAGUACAGAAGAAUACAUUCUAUAAAUCUCUGUUAUCUUCCUAAUCAUCAUCCUUUACCUUUAGGUACAAUUGAUUAAGUCGGUUGUAUUAUAAAUUAAUUUGAUUAUUUAUGUACUUGAUUUAUUUUAGCUAAUUCAAAAGUAAGCGUUAU